AUGGCCGCAAACAUGCAGCACAUGGCGGGAGCGGCGGGGAUGAUGCAGCAACAGCGUCCCCGACCCUCCCAGAUUCAGUUGAACCAGUUUCUUUACCAGACCAUGCUCGCCCAGCAGCAGCCACAUUCCGGCUGGCAGGCUGGCGUCGCAAUCCAGGAACGCAUGAUCAAGUGCCACAAUCUCAUUACCAACAUUGGCCUUGCCGUUACGAACAUCGAUUUCAUGAAGGCGGCUGAGGUCGGUGUCAACUUUGAGCGCGAAGCUUUUAACAAAUCGGCAGACAAGGCCCAAUACGAGGCGCAAAUGAGCAACAAAACAAACGAAUUUUUCCGACGACGACAAGCGAACGAGCAAAACCUCAGCAGCAAUCUUCAGGCGCAGGCGGCGGCCCAAGCCCAGCAGCAGCUAAUGAUGAACCAGAACGCGGCCAUGCAAAACCAGAUGGGUCGCGGAAUGGGGCAGAACCCGCAGCAAGGUUUUCAGCAUCUCCAGCACCAAAUGCAAGCGUCGCAAAUUCCUCAACAAGCCCAAAUGGGUGUCAACAUGGGCAACCAAGGCGGCCAGCCCAUCGGUCCCAACCAGCAAAUGUUCCAAAUGCCAGGCGGACAGGCCAGGCCACAAAAUGGUCUUCCAACUGACCCAUCGAACCUGACGCAGGCCGACCAGCAGAAGGUGAUGGAGCUCGCGCAAAAAUUGGCCGCAUCCUGCCCCGAGCCUCAAAAGAACCACUAUCGCACCCUCGUCCAGACGCGCUUCGCCCAGCGCGCCCAGGAGUACACUGCCCAGGGCAAAGACCCCGUGCUUAUUUGGUUCCAACACCAGGCCUUCCAGGGCCUCACCAAGAACAUUGCGAUGCAGAGGCAGCAGCGGCAACAGCAAGGUGGCAUGCCUCCCAAUAUGAAUCCGGCCCAGGCACAGGCCAUGAUGCAGGCUGGCCGAGGUCAGAUGAAUCCUGCCAUGAUGAAUGCGGCCGGUAUGCAGGGUGCAAACGGCGAUUACGGACAGUUCAACACGAUGGAGAGCAUCAUGAAUCAGCAGAAAGCCGGCAUACUAGCCCAAGAGCAAGGCCAGAUGGUAGUCCCUGCCAGCACCGGCCCGGCUCGCAACGCGACGCCGCAGCCUAUCGCUGGAGGACAAGGUCAAGCGAUGCCCAAUCAGAAUGGACCGAACCAGACACCGCGUCCGCCUCAAGCACAGCAACAACUGAGCAUGCAACAGGCCCAGCAGCUGAAGAUGGAGCAACAGCAGUCGCAGCACGCGGCGCAGAUGCGGGCACAGCAGCAGGCGAGGCAGUUACAAGGGCAGCCUAACGGUCUCGGCGGCGCACCCCCGUCUCAGAGUCCCGGAAUGAAUACAUUGAACACGCCUAUGCGUCGGCCUCCCAGUGCCAUGAACCCCAUGGACGGCCAAGGUGGGGCGCAACAGAAUGGUCCUUUCGGCAACGCUCUCGACCCGCGCUUCAACCAGGGUAACCAACGACCCAUGGCCAACGCGGGAAACAUGAACAUGAACAACAACCCGAUUUUCCACAGCAUGAUGGCGAGCAUGAAUCCCGAACAGAGACAGGCGGUACACGGGCUCCCGCCCGACAAGCUACAUGAAGUCAUGGCCAAAUGGCAGGAGCAACAGCGAAAGAUGCAGAUGAACGCUAUGGCAAAUCCCGGAAACAACCCGGGUCAGAUGCAGGGUCGGCCGGGGCAACUUGGCUUCAACAUGCCUGGCGCUGCUAAUCAGUUCAUGAACAGCAUGAUGCCGCAGCAAGCGCAGCCGGGCGCUCCCAACCCACAAGUCAUCGCCCAGCAGCAGCAAAUGCUGGCCCGUCUUAGGAACCAAGGAACGCCCCUUGCACCAGCGCACCAGGUGAUGAUGGAUAGUAUGGACCUUCCGCCGCCGGUGCUUGCGCAGGUUGGAAACCAGCUCCGUGCUCCCCCCGAAGUGCGCAAGUGGAAGGACCUCCGACAAUGGCUAUCUCAAAACCCUAUCGCGGCGCACAUUCAAACACAGCUCGAGAGGGUGCAGAGACAGCAAUUCGCCCAGUAUAUGCAGAGGCAGAUGGAAAGACGCAACCAACAGCAGGCACAACAACAGCAAUCUCAGCAGCCCCAGCAAUCUCAACAGCCUCCCCAGCAGCAACCACAACAGCAACAGCAGCAGCCUCCUCAGCAGCAGCCUCAGCCGCAACAACAGCAGCAACCGCAACAAGCCCAGCCUCAGCCCCAACCCCAGCAAAACGGCAUACAGGCAGGCCAGCAGGUGCCUAACCAGGUUCAGGGGAUGCCCUCUAACAUGCCUCAAGUCCCUCCUCAUCUUAUCCAGGUGACUCCUCACGACAUAAUGAAUGCCCGCAAGGCGAACCCUAAGAUUGCUAGUCUUACGGAUGAUCAGCUUAGGGCAUUCAUCAUCCAGAUUAAGCAACGGCAGAUGGCGGCCGCCAUGCAGAAGGAGAUGAACAUGCGACAGGCCCAGGCACAGGCUGCGCAGAACAUGCAGGGAGGACAGGCGCAGCCCAACCUACCUGUUUCUGCUCCUCAGCAGCAGCAGCCCCCCAUGGUGCAACCCGGUGGUCCUCAGGCCAACCCUACCCCCACGCCUAUGCAGGCAGCCCAGCCUGCUCCGCCGAAGCAGCAGAGCGCGACGCCAGACCCGAAGACCGUCGCCAAUGCCGCUGGGCCAAGGAACAACAACCGUCCGGCACCAAACAACCAACAGCAACCCCCGAACCCGUCACCGGCGACCGCACAGAAGAGUCUCAAACGCCCUAGUACCGACGACGCCGUUGACGUUCCUCAAACAGCAACCCAACAGCCUCAAAGGCCUCAGGGACAGCCGAUGCGUGUUCCAAACCUUACUCCUGAGCAGAUCGCGAGUUUGACGCCAGAGCAAAAGGCCAAAUACGAGCAAAUGAAGAACCGUCAACAGGCUAUGGCGGCAGCCAACUCUAGCAUUGCGCCUACCGAAACCGACUUUGACAAGCUUCGGCGGAUUGGUCAAGAAGAGCAGAGGCUCAUGCAAGCUGAGCACAUGCCGGAUAUCCAAAUGUCCCCGGAGCAGCGACAGGAGACUGCCCAGAAGCUGAUGAGGAUUGUGGUUGAUAUGGGCAAAAUUGGCAAGGCUUUGGGCCGUUGGUACGCGGCUACUCACGAUGACGCACGCGCGAAGAGCUAUUUCCGAGCCCGUCUCCGUAUGAUUAGGCAGUUCAACGACGGCGAAACCAUGAUGAACCCCAAACCGGUUUUCAGUGUUAGACCUGCUGAGAUUGACGAGGCCCGCCGCCUGCUCGAGAGUAUGGCGCGAGACUGCGCAAAUCUCGGCAAGAAGGGUGCCGCGCCACCUCAACAAGGCGGCCAAGUUGCACCCAACCAGGCUGGUGCUGCUACACAGGGCGGGCAGCCUGCCCCUUUGAGUGCCGCGAACCUGGAGAAGCAGACACAGGCGCUAAACAAGAUGCACAGCCGAUCCAACAGCAAGAGCGGCGGCCCGCCUGCUGCACCGACAACUAGUCAACCUCCGUUCCCCUUCGGCGCGACGUCUCCACACGGGCAGCCCGCUUACAUUGGUAAGCCUAAGGUAAAUAGGGAUAACCUUGCGCUCCCGCCGCCGCGGAAGAAGACCAAGACCGAGACGCCUCCGCAGCCCAACCAGGCCACGCCGUCACCUCAAAUCAGCAAGUUCGGAUCGCCCGAGCUUAAGAGACAGGUUGCGCCGGAACCCAAGGCACCGCCGAAACCGAUGUUCUUGUGCCCGGAACCGGAUUGUGAAAUGGCAACAACUGGUCUCCCAUCUGAGCAAGCACGACAGAUUCACAUCCAGGAGGAACAUGUCAAACCUCUGGAGGACCCGAUGAAGUUCAUGCAGGAGAACCUGGCCCUUUCCCUCGGACUCGACAUCAACGGCGAAGUGAAGGUAGAGUCGCAGACCGCACAGCCUAUGGGACAGAACCCCUCCAAACAGGGACAGACUCCUGCAAGCAAUUCUGGAGCGACACCCAUGUCUCGAGACGCAUCGAUGCAACGUACAGGAAGCAAGAUGGGAGGGAAACCUCAAGACAACAAAUCUCUUGUGGGCAAGGCGGACGAUACUCCGAAACUCGAAAACAAGCAGCCCGAAAUGGCCGGCGCACCCCCGGCGCCUAUGGAUGCCUGGGCCAACACGAUCGACCCGCAGAGUCUGUUCAACAAUCUGGGCAAGUUUGAGCUUGGCGCCAACGGUGUCAUUAGUGAUAUGGGUGUGUACCGGUCCCUCACUCCGAACGAUACGCCCGAGUCGAGCAAAGACAGCGGAUCAUCGGAACCUAACAGCGACAUUUCAGAAGGAGCCCACUUGGACAUCGAUCUCAACUGGCAGCCCGUCGAUGUUGAUUUACUACUCGACAUGAACAACAUCAACAUGGACGGCCUCGACAACCUGCCUACUAGCGGAGGCGAGUUCGAUGCGUUAAUGCUCGAGGAGGCGAUGCCGAUGGAGCAGUUUCCCAAUUGGGACGAAGUUACCAACAACUUCAACAAACCAUUUCACUUCGACAACAGCUUAUAUUCGCUAGACGUAUCGUCGUCGUCGUGA